AUGCUCCCUUCCUCUUCAUUCACCCGAACGUUCCUCUCGUUGCCCCUUGCACCCCAGCUGGAGAGCCAUCUGCGCAGUCUCAACCAGGAGAUGCAGCACUUUUCCGAGGACCUCAAGCAAGGUGAGGGUGGUGAGCAAGGUGAGCGGAGGGAGCAAGGUGAGCGGAGGGAGCAAGGUGAGGGGAGGGAGCAAGGUGAGCGGAGUGAGCAAGGUGAGGGGAGUGAGCAAGGUGAGCGGAGUGAGCAAGACUUGCUCGUCCAACCUGUCUUUCCCUGCGCCUUGCCAAUACCCACAGACGGACGGUUCAUGGUCGAUGAUCCCUUCACGCCCGUUCCUGACCGUCGGAUCCUCCCCUCCUCCACCUCCACCACACCCAUCCGCACCCCUUCUCCUUCCCCCAACCUCUCUUCCCCAUACGCCACCCCCCGUCGCCCCCCUGCCGCCCCGGCUGCCUCCCCAGCAGCAGGGGGCGGGGGAGGGGCGCGGGGGUGGGGGGAACUGAAGGGGGAAGGGCGGGGGUUGAGUGCGGUGGCUGUGCUGGCAUCUGGCAGUGGUGGGGAGGGGGGGGGAGGUGGGGGAGGUGGGGGAGGGGGUGUGGGGGAAGCAAAAGGGGAGGCAUGGCAAGGAAACCAGGAGAGGGAGAGCGAGAGAGGGGCAGGGAGGGAAGCAGGGAGGGAGGCAGGGAGGGAGAGGGAGUGGGAGAGGGGAGGAAGGGGUGCUGCCCUCAUGCCGCCUCCUGCUGCCCUCCCGCUCUCUAGGAAGAAGGGAGGGGUGGGCAGGGGCGUGCCGGUGGGGGCAGGUGGCGAGAGGAGGGAGGUGCCCGAGGGAGGGGCAAUAGUGCAGGUGUAUGAGCCAACUGCGAGGGAGGUGAGUGGUUCCACUACGAGUGUGUGGGAAUGCUGGGACACGAACACCACCCAAUCUUCAGCUUCCCCCUUCACCCCCCCCUCUUCCGGUGUGCAGUGCGAGGGAGGCGAGUGGUUCCACUACGAGUGUGUGGGGCUCAGCAUCGCCAUGCCCCGGAUCCACGACAAGUGGUUCUGCCCUCACUGCACCUCCCUGCACAAGAAAGGGAUGCUGCACUUGCCAGCUUAG